AUGGAUCUUCGCGUCGACAUCGUCGAGACGAGGCUCUGCCUGUACCAUCGCAGGAGGCCACCAGGUAAGUGAUUCUUCAGGUAAGUGAAUUUCCUUUGUUCCUUCCUUCCGUCUGUUUAAGUUUCGUGUUGUAUGCUGCUCCUAUUGCCUGCUCUCUAUAUGUUAGUCCGUGCCUCUGUCUGUUAAUAGCUAGUUGAAAACUGUGCUUGAUCACGAAUGAUGUCACUCCAAACUUGUCGCACUGGCAUUCUUAUUUGUCUGCUUAAUUCCUGUGCUGUCUGCCGCUCUUGAUGCCUGCUGCGACUUUUUGUCUGCGUGUCAAUCUAUGACUCUCUGCUAACAGAUAGGUGUUACUGUGCUUGACUUUGAAUGAUGCCCUCCUACUUCUGUCUCUGACUGAUGAUUGUGUCUGCCUGUCCAUUUUAGCUGUAAGUUCCAUAGCAGAUUAUUGGUGUGUUUUCUCUCUCCUACUUAACUCCACCACAUCAUCACCAAGGUCCCAGGCUAACUCGGGUCGUUCUCUCACUAAAAAAAGUCGUGGCCCAUAAUGGAGUCGGGCAGCCGUCUGGGAUAACCGGGCAGCCCUAUUUAGGGGGUGCGCUGCCUGCCCUCGCGAGGGGGAGGGGGCUAGAAAAGCUGCCCUAAAAAUUUCUGGGAACCACGCUGCCCGUAGGCUGGCCGUGGCCGCAGACAAAACACACACAGUCAAAACAGCCAAAACCGAAACAACAACAAAAAUCCCUCUCUUCCUCGUCGAGCCUAUUCUCCUUCUUCCCCUAGUCCUAGUUUUCGCCCUACUCGUCGCCAGACUGGCAGAGUGAGUCCGCUCACUCUGGCAGCCUGGAAUGUUCGUUCCCUUUUAGACAAUCCGAGGAGCAACCGACCGGAACGGAGGACGGCGCUGGUGGCACGAGAACUGGCGCGCUACAAGGUGGACAUCGCCGCACUCAGCGAGACCCGAUUCUCCGAACAAGGCCAACUGGAGGAGGGGGGUGCCGGCUACACCUUCUUCUGGAGCGGUCGCCCCAUGUCAGAGCCACGAGACGCGGGUGUCGCUUUCGCCAUCCGGAACGACAUCGUGGGACGACUGCCCUGUUUGCCGCAGGGCAUCAACGAUCGUCUGAUGAGCCUCCGUCUGCCUCUCUGGGGAGGCCAAUUCGCCACCAUCAUCAGCGCCUACGCUCCGCCGAUGAGCAGCCCCGACGCCGCCGCAGGAGACAAAUUCUACGAGAACCUGCACGCCCUCUUCAGGACUGUGUCGAAGGCGAACAAGUUGAUUGUCCUUGGUGACUUCAACGCCCGCGUCGGCACAGACCAUACUGCCUGGAGAGGAGUGCUGGGUCCCCAUGGUCUCCGCGGCUCAAACGGCAAUGGACUGCGGCUUCUCUGCACCUGCGCAGAACACCGCCUCAUCCUGACAAAUACGUUCUUCUGUCUGCCGGAGAGAGAUAAGGCCACCUGGAGGAAUCCUCUGUCGCGUCAUGGGCACCUGCUGGACUAUGUCCUCGUCCGGAGGCGAGAUCAGCGGGACGUGGUGGUGAAGAAGGCGAUCGCGGGUGCUGACGGGUGGACCGACCAUCGCCUCGUCAUCUCGGAGAUGUGUAUUCGCCUACAGCCUCGCAGGAGACCACAAGGUAAGCGACCCCCAGGUAAGCUGAAUGUUGCUUUGUUGUCGUUGCCAGCUCACCAUCUUCAUUUCGGCAAUGAACUAGCUCAACGGCUAGACAACCUUCCAAUCGCUGACGACGCCGCCGCCGCCGCCGCCGCCGAGAACGCCUCCGUGGAGAUCCGCCAGUGUCAACUGCGGGACACGGUCCAGUCGACGACGCUAGCCGUUCUUGGUCGCGCACGCCGCCAACACCAGGACUGGUUCGACGACAACGACGCCGUCAUCAGCAAUCUGCUCGCCGAGAAGAACCGCCUACACAAAGCCUACGUAGACCACCCCACCGACGACAGCAUAGCUGUUUUCUACCGCCGUUGCUGCCAUUUUAAGCAACGACUGCGCGAGAUGCGGGACGCCUGGACUGCUCGCAAAGCUGAGGAGAUCCAGGGGUACGCAGACCGCAACGAGUGAAAGAACUUCUUCUCCGCGAUCAAAGCUGUAUACGGUCCGCCGACGAAAGGCUCCGCUUCUCUCCUCAGGACUGACGACAGCACCCUCCCGACUGAGAAAACACAAAUUCUACAGCGAUAGGCCGAGCACUUUAGAAGCGUUCUCAACCGUCUCUCCCUAUCUCUGACGUCGCCAUCGUCCGUUUACCGCAGGUGGAGACAAACGUGGACCUCGACCUCCCGCCAUCUCUCCAGGAAACCAUCAGGGCCGUGAAGCAGCUCUCCAGAGGGAAAGCACCCGGAUCGGACGCAAUCCCUGCUGAGGUCUACAAGCACGGAGGUCCCCAACUCAUGGAUCACCUGACUGCGCUCUUCCAGGAGAUGUGGCGUCAAGGUGAAGUCCCACAAGAUUUCAAGGACGCAGCCACCGUGCAUCUCUACAAGCGAAAAGGGAAUCGCCAAGUCUGCGACAAUCACCGUGGCAUCUCCUUGCUGGACAUCGUCGGGGCGGUCUUCGUUCGCAUCCUCCUCAUAUGCCUUAACAGCCAUCUGGAACAGGGCCUUCUGCCGGAAAGCCAAUGUGGCUUCCGUCGCCAUCGCGGGUCCACGGAUAUGAUCUUCGCCGCCCGUCAACUUCAGGAGAAGUGUCAGGAGAUGCGGACCCACCUGUACUCUACCUUCGUGGACCUGACAAAGGCCUUCGACACGGUUAAUCGUGAAGGACUGUGGAAGAUCAUGCAGAAGUUCGGCUGCCCGGAGGGAUUCACUCAGAUGGUGCGUCAGCUGCACGACGGUACGAUGGCGCGAGUCACGGACAACGAAACUGUCUCAGAGGCAUUCGCAGUGACCAACGGAGUGAAGCAGGGCUGCGUACUGGCGCCUACCCUCUCCAGUCUUAUGUUCUCUGCCAUGCUGAUGGACGCCUAUCGUGAUGAGCACCCCGGGAUCCGCAUCGCCUACAGGACGGACGGUCACCUUCUGAAUCAACGACGGAUGCACUUCCAAUCGCGUUAUCCACAACCAGCGUUCGCGAACUCCUCUUCGCCGACGACUGCGCCCUGA